AUGCCUUGGCUAGUGUUUUGGCUAAUAGCCCAGGACAUUGCAGGAUCCCAUGGAUGCCUGAAAUGCAGUGCAGAUGCCAUGGCAGUUGUGAGGGAAUUCAAAGAUACCUACCUGGACAGGCACCUCUUCUGGAACCCACAACUCAAAGCAAAACUAAAGGCAGACUUGGAUAAUUUCGUAGAAGAGCUCACUCAUCAGAGAAUCGAUGCAAAAAAAUACAUGGGUGUUAUUGAUGAGUUUUCGCUGGCAGACUUAGGUGCCCACUUCAAACGCUGUUUGAAACACAUCAUGGAAAAUGAAGUUAAAGAGCCUCAGCUUCAUAAAGAGAUGGAUUCGUGUUUUCAGAAGACACUGACUGUUUUUCACGAGCUGUUGCCCAGAGUCGCAACACAUCAAUGCAGCAAUGAAUGCGGUGUGAUGGUCUACGUGUUUACUCAUUGCUUCUCGUGCCUCACACGGACUUACACAUGCAACAAGAAAUAUUACUGUGGAGAAAGGAGGAUACAAGUGGAAAUGGAUGAAGAUCUAGUUCUGGAUUGUGCUCUGCAGUGGCACAAGCUUACCCAAAGUGUGAAGAAAUACAACUUCUACCGGGUAGUGAACGGCAAGCUGAAACCGAUGAGCAGCAGUAUGGAUUCCUUUCUAGUAAAGAAGGAGGUGAACGUAAAUGACACGGGCAGAUACCGGUGCGAUAUGGUAAAUUCGGAGGAUUUUGUUUCCAGCUACCUUGACUUCCUAGUACAAGUGGUGCCUGCAAUUGGGAAGACCACUUGGUUCCCCCGGCCGUCACACACAACGAUGACAGUCCCCCUCGCCUUGGGGAUCUCAUCCAGGGCUCCACCCCCUCAAGCCGACUUCUCCGUUUGGAUAGUGAUUGGUGGCACAGGCGGGUUGUUUGUCUUCAUCCUUCUUGCAUUCCUGUUUGCUUACUUUCGUCGUAAGAGGGAAGAAGAAGAUGAGGAAGAUGAUGACGAUGACGAAAGUGAGAGUGGAUCAUCAGAGCUGGUGGCAAUGUGA